AUGGAGCGUUUCAUGCGUAAUAUGGGUUUGGGACAAUUAACCCGUGAUAUGCAAGGCGGUGCCCCUGCUAGCGAUACACCGAUGGUCGAUACUGCUGAACAAGUUUAUAUUUCAUCAUUGUCAUUACUUAAAAUGUUAAAACAUGGCCGUGCUGGUGUACCAAUGGAAGUCAUGGGGCUGAUGUUAGGAGAAUUCGUUGAUGAUUAUACCGUUCGUGUGAUCGAUGUUUUUGCCAUGCCGCAGUCAGGCACGGGUGUUAGUGUUGAAGCUGUUGAUCCUGUCUUUCAAGCUAAAAUGUUGGAUAUGUUAAAGCAAACGGGUCGACCUGAGAUGGUCGUUGGAUGGUACCACUCACAUCCUGGUUUUGGAUGUUGGUUAUCAGGUGUAGAUAUAAACACACAACAAAGUUUCGAAGCGUUAACUGAACGUACUGUGGCUGUUGUAGUUGAUCCUGUUCAAAGUGUCAAAGGCAAAGUUGUCAUUGAUGCGUUUCGUUUAAUCAAUCCGAAUGUGUUCGUUCUUGGCCAAGAAGCUCGACAAACAACUUCGAAUUUAGGUCAUUUGACAAAACCAUCAAUUCAAGCUCUAAUUCAUGGUCUCAACCGACAUUAUUAUUCCAUUAGUAUAAAUUAUCGUAAGAAUGAAUUGGAACAGAAGAUGUUGUUAAACUUACAUAAGAAAUCCUGGAUGGAUGGUUUGACCAUUCAAGACUUCAAUCAACAUAGUGAGCAAAACACCAGCGUUGUGAAGCAAAUGCUUGAUUUAUCGAAAAAUUACAUUAAAUCGUUGGAAGAAGAAGAAAAAAUGACACCUGAGCAAUUAGCGAUUCGAAAUGUUGGUAAACAAGAUCCCAAACGACAUUUAGAAGAGAAUGUCGAUGCUUUGAUGACUUCUAAUAUUGUUCAAUGCAUUGCAGCGAUGAUGUCUUUGGUUAUAUUCAAAUAG